UCAACGUGUAAGAUUUUCAGUUUUUUCAUAUUGUUGAUUUGCUUUUGUGAGAAUGUGAGAAGAGGUCAAGAUGACUACAGCAGAGCAGCCUUGUUUUUGCUUGCUGAGUUCUGGCGAGGAUGGAGACCUACCAACUGAGGAAACCAUCCGGGCGGACUUGGAGAAUAAUGAUGUUCGCCAGAAAGCGGAGGCCAUGAAAAAGCUGAUUCGCCUGAUGAUCAAUGGAGAACGAUAUCCCUCACUGUUGAUGGUGGUGAUACGGUUUGUUAUGCCAGUAGAUAACCAUGAAUUGAAAAAGCUCCUCUUGGUUUUUUGGGAAGUCGUGCCCAAAACAACGUCUGAUGGAAAGCUGAUGCAAGAGAUGAUUUUGGUGUGCGAUGCGUAUCGCAAAGAUUUGCAGCACCCCAAUGAAUUUAUCCGUGGUUCAACUUUACGGUUUCUAUGUAAGCUGAAAGAACCUGAAUUAAUCGAGCCCCUAAUGCCCAGCAUUCUCAACUGCUUGGAGCACAGGCAUGCAUACGUACGGCGAAAUGCUGUGCUUGCCAUCUAUACGAUUUACAAGAAUUUUGACAUGCUCAUUCCUGAUGCACCUGAGCUGAUGCAGAACUUUCUGGAGAAGGAGAAGGACCCAUCUUGCCAGAGAAAUGCGUUUAUGAUGCUGAUUCAUGUUGACCAGAACCGGGCAUUGGACCAUUUGAGCAAGUGCAUCGAUCAGCUGCAAUCAUUCAACGACAUUCUGCAGCUGGUCAUUGUGGAACUCGUCUAUAACGUGUGCUACAACAACCCUGGCGAGAGAAGCCGCUUCAUCUUUGCUAUCUAUCAGAUGCUGGGGUCUAGCUCUGGCGCGGUGCGUUAUGAAGCAGCGGGUGCACUUAUCAUGCUAUCCAACACACCGACUGGCGUCAAGGCUGCCGCUCAGUGCUAUAUCGAGCUGAUCCUCAAGGAGAGCGAGAACAAUGUCAAGCUGAUCGUUCUGGACCGUUUGGUCGAGCUCAAGCAAUCUCCAGCGACAGAGAAAGUUCUUCGAGAGCUGACCAUGGACUUCCUGCGAGUACUCUCAACGCCGGCGUUUGAGGUACGGCGGAAGGCACUGGAUCUCGCGAUGGACUUGGUCACGGCACGCAAUGUGGUUGAAGUGGUCCAAGUGCUGCGCAAAGAAGCCAGUAAAACCAACGACGGCUCUGGAGAUGACAACAGCAAAUAUCGUCAGCUGCUUGUGAAAUCCCUGCAUCGCUGCAGCAUCAAGUACCCUGAGGUGGCACCACAAGUGAUCCCUCUACUUGUAGAGUUCCUCAGUGAUUGUGAUAAGGUCUCUGCAAUGAGCGUGCUGGAGUUUGUUCGCGAGGUGGUGCAGACACACGAGUCGCUACGCCUCAUGGCCACGCAGAAAGUAAUGGAUUUCUUGCCGCUUAUCAAGGAUGGCCCGACUGUCCGUGCCGCUCUUUGGAUACUCGGCGAGUACUGCACUGUCCCAGAUAUCAUCGACGACUUGCUGGUGCACAUCAAGGAGAGCAUAGGCGAGUACCCCAUUGUUGAUGCAGAGCUGCGGGACGCUGCAGAUGAGUCGAAGAGUUCCAAAGUGUACCCUAUCAGAGUUCUGCUGCUCGAAGGAAAAUUCUUCGUAGGUGCUGCUCUGGCCUCGACGUUGACCAAGCUGGCCUUGCGAUACAUCGACGAGUCUGUUGAGGAGAAGCGGAAGAAUCAGUUCUGUGCAGAAGUCAUGCUGAUCAUCUCUUCUAUCCUUCAUCUGGGCCGUACAUCGUUACCUGCCAAAAAGAUUCUCGAGGACGAUGCUGAGCGGUUAGGCAUCUGCUUGCAAGUGAUUGCGGAAAGGUCUGGCUUGGUGCUAGAUGUGUUCCGCAAGGAAUCCAGAUCGGCACUGGAAAAUUUGCUGGCGUCACAGAAUGAGGAGGACGAGAGGAUGAAGACUAGUACAAAGGAAGCCAAUGUUGUGGUGCAAGUUGAUGAUCCAAUUUCUUUUUCUCAACUGACUGUAACCGAUGAGAAUGUCAGUGAGGAGAACCGAUUGGAGGCCAGUCUUCUUGCAGCAACUGGCAUCGCGGCUAAGAAGAAGGAGGAGGAAGUGGGCCAAACUAAGCUCAGCAAGGUGCACCAGCUGACCGGCCUGUGUGAUGCAGUGUACGCAGAGGCGUACAUCCACGUGCAUCAGUUUGAUGUCGUGUUCGAUAUGCUGGUCGUGAACCAGACAGCUGAUGUUCUGCAGGGCCUCACUGUCGAACUGGCCACGCUCGGCAACCUGAAGCUGAUGGAGAGACCGCAGCCGUGCACGCUGGCACCCCACGACUUCACAAAUAUCAAGACCAACAUCAAGGUUGCGUCCACUGAGAAUGCUGUUAUCUUUGGCAACAUUGUCUACGACGUUGGCAGCUCACAGUCCGACCGCAGCUGUGUAGUGCUGAAUGAUAUUCACAUUGACAUCAUUGACUACAUCAACCCAGCGUCUUGCUCCGAUCAGGAGUUCAGAACGAUGUGGGCAGACUUUGAGUGGGAGAACAAGGUACUUGUCAACACUAACGUAAAAGAUCCUCGUAUCUACCUGGAGAAGCUCCUUUCCACGACUAACAUGCGGUGUCUGACGCCCGACCGUGCUCUGUCCGGGCAGGCGACUUUCCUGGCUGCCAACCUCUACGCUAAAUCCGUGUUUGGUGAGGACGCGCUGGCCAAUAUCUCCUUGGAAGUCAAUGGAACUGGUCCAGUCUCUGGCCACCUCAGAAUCCGAACCCGGACCCAAGGUAUGGCGCUGUCUCUUGGUGACAAAAUCAAUCUGUCCCAGAAGAACUGGCAGUAAUGCCGCGCUAAUAUGUCCUCACUUUCAGCUGGCUGUUGCUCCCUUGCCUGUAUUACCCAAGGGAUUUAAUUAUUUUCCCCGUUGCUGUUUUAUUCUUAGUAUACGCGUCGUCGAUUAACUCACUCGUCUAACGUCAUCAUUUGUACUUUUGUGUCUUUUUUAUGUACAUCUAUCUUCAUUGUAUGUUUUCCCCAUGCAUUGCUGUUCAUGCUGCUACUGUGUUCGCAUGCUGCGCACAUAGAUUUGCUUUCUUUUUCUUCUUUUUUCCGUCUACAUGUACUUGGCCACAGGGUGACCAAGACAUCUGAGAACUUUUAUCUACAUUGUAUGUUUUCCCCAUGCAUUGCUGUUCAUGCUGCUACUGUGUUUGCAUGCUGCGCACAUAGAUUUGCUUUCUUUUUCUUCUUUUUUUCCGUCUACAUGUACUUGGCCACAGGGUGACCAAGACAUCUGAGAACUUUUUGAGCCAUCAUUUUUCGUGCCAUCCAUAAUUAUUGCAAUUGUGUUGGUUUAGACUGGAGUGUAUUGCUUCCUUACAAUGCUUAUACGGUAAUAGUGAUGGCAUGCAAUCAUUGUAUUUUUUACCCUGCUAAAGAAAUUGCCACGGUAAACUUUUCAAAAAG